AGAUGGCAAAUAUUCGUCCAUCUUCAACCUCUUCUCCCAUAGGCAUAGCCCUCUCUUGUUUGCUCUCUUUUCCCAGUAUAUGGGGGGUGGCUUCUCUUCUGGUUUCACCCCAAAUCUUAACCAUAUUCCAUCGAAGCUUUCGCCUGGCCUUGCAGACAUACCCGAGAGCUGCGUGGCUCUGCUUCUGAGCCAUCUGGACCCUCCUCAGAUCUGCAAACUGGCUAGCCUCAACCGGGUCUUCCGCCGAGCUUCGCUGGCUGACUUCGUUUGGGAAUCAAAGUUACCAGAGAACUAUCCAACGCUUGUCCAUAAGCUGUUUGAUCAAAGUUCUCAGUCUUUGGCCAAGAAAGACAUCUAUGCCAGAUUGUGCCGCCCCACUCGCUUUGACGGAGGUUCUAAGGAAGUGUGGAUGGAGAAGGGCAGUGGAGGGAUUUGCAUUGCAAUUUCAUGGAAGGGAAUGAAAAUAACUGGCAUAAAUGAUCGGAGAUACUGGACUCAUAUCCCAUCUGAUGAAUCCAGAUUCCACAAAAUUGCAUACCUGCAACAGAUAUGGUGGUUGGAAGUAGAAGGUAACAUAGAAUUCGAAUUUCCCAAAGGAACCUAUAGCGUUUUCUUCCGGCUGCACCUCGGUAGAGCCACCAGAAAACUUGGCCGGGCGGUCUGCAACCUGGACCAGGUCCAUGGCUGGAACGUGAAGCCGGUUCGGUUCCAGUUUUCGACGUCAAACGACCAGCAGGCCGUUUCCCAGUACUAUUUAAGCGAGCCAGGGAAAUGGGUGGAUUUCCAUGUCGGAGAUUUUGUUGCCGAGAGCUGCAAUUCACCAUUGAAGAUCAAAUUCUCAAUGACACAGAUCGAUUGCACGCACCAAAAAGGUGGCCUGUGUUUAGACUCUCUGCUGAUAAUGCCGCGUAAAGAAGGUUAAGGCAGUUAUACGGUGUUUGCAGUUAACCUCUUUGCUUGUAGCGAGUUAUGAAAAUGGGUCAAAUCUCGACGAGACAAAGCUCCAUACAGAUAGAUUUUUUUUUUUUUUUUUCAAUUUAUAUGUUUAUAUGAAGUGCAUAUUUUUGGGAUGAAGGCGCAUAUUUUUGAACUAUUGGUAUAUCGCGUGAGUAAUGAAUUUAUUGAUUGCACGUUCA